AUGGUAGGCACUAGGCAUAGUAGAGUGGGGAGGAAAAAGGGGCAUAUGGGGUUACCAACCCAUCCUGUCAUUCCUAAUUCUUGGUCAUUGGAAUUUGUUUGGAAUGUAGAACUACCAUAUCAUGUGAACAUACGACUCAUAUUUGGUUCAGCUCUGCUUGUCAGCUUGAAACAAAAGGCAUCUUCUAUUUUUGCUUCUGGCCAUCAAUAUCCAAAUGCUAGACUGUAUUUAAGGAUGGUGAUCUAUCGAGAUUUCAAAUCUUCCAACGUGCUUUUGGAUGAAGACUUUAAGCCGAAGCUCUCAGACUUUGGGCUUGCUAGAGAAGGGCCAAAGGGUGACCGUACUCAUGUAUCGACAGCAUUGGUAGGGACUUAUGGAUAUGCUGCCCCAGAGUAUGUUGAAACAGGCCAUCUUUCCAUCCAUAGUGACUUAUGGAGUUUUGGUGUGGUCCUGUAUGAGAUCCUCACUGGGAGGCGUGUGUUAGAAAGACACCAGCCAACAGCGGAGCAGAAGCUUCUUUAUUGGGUUAGACAGUACCCUGCAGACAGUAAAAAGUUCAGCAUGAUAAUAGAUCCACUCCUGAGAGACCAGUUGAGAUGGUUGAUUGAGUGGGUGCCUGUAAUGUGCACAAUAACAGAUGAAUCACAAUUGUGGCUCGAGCAUCACAUGAUUCUUCUGUGCGGGUUCUAUGAAUGGGAGCUGAGUGAAGAAAAUCAGGCAACAGAAAUAUAG